AUGCGUUUGCUAGCCACUGGUCGAGUUCUACGAGCUAGCGGUGCGUGUUGGACUGCCGCUGCCCUCCGGCCCAGAAUUGCGGCUCUCCAAACACAGCCGUUCCUCCGUCAGUCGAUUCCAGCAAUAAGUCGCAACUGGAGCUCAACGCCGUUCCUUCGCACCGGGAAGCAAACUUCUUCUUCAGCCACCGAUUCGAACGAGCGACCAGACCUACACAUUCAAGACAACAAGUAUCCAACCGAUCAAUGGACAAACACCCCCGACACAAUUCUCUCGCACGUCGGACGGAGCCUGUACCUCGACGAGAACCAUCCUCUGGCCAUCACUCGCCGACUCAUUGAGAGUCAGUUCUCGGCCCCUAUCUUCGGAAACUACUUUGAAAAGAACCCCGUCGUCACCACAGCACAGAACUUCGAUGUGCUGGGCUUCGCUCCAGACCACCCCGGUCGUAGCCGUACCGAUACCUACUAUAUCAAUGAGAAGACCGUUCUGCGCACGCAUACCAGCGCGCAUCAACAGGCAUAUUUCCAGCAGAUCAGCCGGAACGAGAAGACCAAGCCCGAAGAGGUCGGCUAUACCGUCGUGGCAGACGUCUAUCGUCGCGAUGCCAUCGAUCGAAGCCACUACCCCGUCUUCCACCAAAUGGAGGCCGCCAUGCUGUGGAAGCGACCGGAGCAGAAUCCGCUCAGCGCAUCCGAGGAGACCGCCGCCCGGAUCAGGGCGGACCUCGAACGGAUCCCUCGUCACGACGUCGUCGUCGAAGACCCAAACCCCACAAUUCACCCUCAACGGAACCCACUACAGGCAGAGCAUCACAGCGAGGCUGAGGUCGAGGCGGUGGCGGCGCACCUGAAGCGAUCGCUGGAGCGCAUGGUCAUCAAGGUCUUCACGGAGGGAUCAAAGGCUGCAGCGGCCAGCUCGGGCGGCAAGGUCGACCAAGAGCCUCUGAAGGUGCGCUGGGUAGAGGCCUACUUCCCGUUCACCAGUCCUGGCUGGGAACUUGAAGUCUUCUGGCAAGGUGAAUGGUUGGAAGUCCUGGGAUGCGGAGUCAUCAAGCAAGAGCUUCUCAUCAACUCCGACGUGCCCAACCGAUUCGGCUGGGCCUUUGGCCUGGGUCUCGAGCGCAUCGCCAUGCUCCUGUUCAAUAUCCCCGACAUUCGUCUCUUCUGGUCCAAGGACGAGCGCUUCCUAUCUCAGUUCCGCGCCGGCCAGAUCACCCGCUUCGAGCCCUUCUCCAAGCACCCCGCCUGCUACAAGGACGUGGCUUUCUGGCUGCCACAGGCGGCUGCUGCGGGUGGCGCCAGCGCGGCAGGUGGUGCGGUCCCCUUCCACGAGAACGAUGUCAUGGAAAUUGUCCGUGGCAUUGGCGGUGACCUGGUCGAGGACGUGCGAUUGAUAGACAAUUUCACUCAUCCAAAGACCGGGAAGCAAAGCAUGUGCUAUCGCAUCAACUACCGCAGCCUUGAGCGGACAUUGACCAAUGAAGAGACGAACGAAAUGCAUGAAAAGGUGCGAACCCAACUCGUCAACGAUUUCAGCGUCGAGUUGCGGUGA